AUGUCUCGGCCGACUAACCACAAGCGAUCCCAAUCCGUGGAAAAGCGGUCGCUCUCACCCGCACGAUUCUUAACCAAGAUGAAGUCCACCAAUGCCCUCUCUGACAUGCGAAAUUCACGGAGGACUUCGCCUGCCGGGUUAGAGGACGUGUCAGAGAGCAACUUCAACACAUUGAGAGACCCACGCAUGGCCAGCACCUCCGACCUGUCUAGCACAUCAGACUCGACACAUCACCCUGAUUUGAACAAUGAAGUAGCCACACUUAGCGCAAAACUUGUUCAAGCCAUCAACAACCAAACUCAUCUGGACGACUCGCUCUCCGCCACUCGCCAGGAAUUGGAAACCGCCCAGGACCGAUUACUGGUACUAGAAUCCGAAAAUGAACACUUUCGCACUGAUCUAUCGAGUGGCAUCCUGAUCAAGCGAGUCGACGUUGAAUCCGAGAUUCUGUCUAUGAAAAAUAUCCUGGAAGAGGAGCAGGCAAGGCGAACAGUGGCUGAGAAGGAAAAGAAAGAAAUGGAGCAAGAAUUAGAAACCCUGACUGCGGCGCUUUUCGAAGAAGCCAACAAGAUGGUUGCUGCAGCGAAACAAGACCGAGAAGCAGUAGAGAAGAAAAACGAGCAGCUACGAGCUCAGAUUAAGGACACUGAAGCUUUGGUUUCAUCGCAGAAGGAACAACUUUCCGAACUGAAGGCCGUCAUGCAGGAGAUGAACAGUGUCCGAGACGAUACCGACACGACGCCCAACACAUCAACAGCCCCCUCCUCUCCAGCCGUGGUGAUGCAAGGAAACCUCAAUCGAUUACUCGACACGUCAAAUAUCUCUCCCGUCUCCGCCGGUUCUGCCGAUGUUUCUCCCGCACCUUCAACCAGCUUCUCCCACUUGCUCAAGCCAAUCUACCGUACAGAUAUGGUUGCUUAUGAUGAUUUCCGCGAUCUGCUGAAUUUGGCCAAAACCUCAAAACCUCCUAGUCGCAUCCCGAGUGGUUCUUACGGUGGCUUGAAUGUGAUGGGCCUUGGUAGUCUGACUAGCAACCAGAAUGCGUCGACGGUCUCUUUGAAUCAUGCGAACGGCCAAUCGCAAACGCCAACCGGUAGUCCACAGCCGAGUGUUUCGCAUGCACCCUUAAAAGAUACUCGCUUCUACAAACGGGUUCUCACCGAGGAUGUUGAACCUUCGUUACGCCUGGACGCUGCUCCCUCGAUAUCUUGGCUUACUCGCCGAUCGGUGUUGAGUAGCGUGUGCGAUGGCGGCCUGGUUGUAGAACCCAUGCCCGCCAGCUCCAGAAAGUACAAGUUUCCAUGUGCGCUCUGUGGAGAGCGACGUGUCGGCAGCGAAAACGAGCGUACACACCGGUUCCGAACGUCUGAUAACGAGAGCGCUCCCAGGUACGCUCUUUGCACACUUUGCCUCGAGAAGAUGCGUGCCUGCUGCGAGCUUACAGGCUAUCUUCGUAUGAUCCUCGACGGACACGUCCAUGUCGAAGAUGUAGAAGAAGAAAGGGAAGCGUGGGAAGAAACGAUUCGCCUCCGUGAGAGACUCUUCUGGUCACGAUUGGGCGGCGGUGUUGUGCCUUCGUUUACUUCACCCUACGAGUCUGAAAAAUCAUUGCCAGUAGACGCUGCAACCACGGAUUCAAAUUUCACAGGGUCGGAACCGGUCACCGAAACUCCACCGGUUCUUCCAGCCAAAGACGAGGGGAGUCCCCCUUCAUUACCGCCAAAAGACAACGAAGCCGAAGUCAAAGUCGAAGCCGAUCCCUUCCAAUCAGACGUCAAACAAGUAUCGAUUGGCGGCACUGUUAUUUCAACUGAAAAGACAGAAGGUGAUGAUGAGAAAGCAACUAUCAAUCAAGAGGCUUCUGCUCCUGACGAAGCGGAAGACACGCCAGCAGAGAAUCUGUCGCGCGACCCGCCACAUUCCGAUGCUGUUACUGAGUCUGUGUCAUUGCCUGAGACUGUGACUCAGUCCAAGCCGACGAAGAACGAAGCCGAUACGCCUGCCGCCAUGCCAGGAGCAUUUGAUCAAUGGUAA